AUGUUAUUUAUCCCAAACAUACAACUGAGUAUUAUUUUCUAAAAUAGUUCCAUUCUUUUUAAGUCGAGAAUAAAAAACUCAUUACCAAAUGCUUCAAAUAAGCGACGCUAUUUAUAAGGAUCAAGUCUUUCAUAAAGUGAAUAACUUUUCAAAAUUUUUCAUCUGUUACCAUUGAAAAAUUUUCCUAUAUUAUUUAUUUAUUUGAAAAUUGUAGGAGAAAAUUGUGAAUCUAAAAUGCUCAAACAAUAAAUUCCAGGGAACUCGUUUAUCCUAAAAAAAUCUAGUCAUAUAUCUAUGUUUUAUUAGCUUAGGGUUUCCUGAGUUGAAUGGUCUUUUCAUUCAAUGAAAGAAGUGUUUUAUCACCAAAAAGCAAAGAAAACGAGAAGAAUUGACACCUUUGACAAAAUACAGUUAUAGGGUGCAAAAUGCGAGAAUGAUCAGUAUAACAAGUAUUCUCUCUAUAUUAAUAGUAUAAUAAUAAAUUGAAACUAUUUUAGAAUUAAUGUAUCUGAGUUUAAACACAAGCCACUUUUGCCAUAGAAAGCCAUUCAUGGAACGGAUAUCUAAAUAUGA